AGUCGAGCUGCUACAAGGACCCUCGACUUGGGGAGUCACUCUGACAUCAUGCUCGUGCUCGUUCCGUUGGAAAAACCGAGCCAAUGAAGAAACAUCAACCAGGGUCGCUAACUGCACUGAAAUGCGAAAUCAUGCUAAAUCUACAAAGAAAAUGUGUCCAAAAGAGUCGGUUACGGCCCGCGGUUGAGGACUCACGUCUCUUUGUUUGAUGAAACUUACUUCUCGUUCUCUAUACCUUUAACUCGUACUUUUUAAAGUUCCCUAUAAUGAUUACUUUGUAGUGCUAAUAUAAUAAAUUUUCGUCUGUGUUUCUCCGAAAUUGAACGGUUGAGUGCUGAAAAGUACUAUUUAUUUGCAGUCAUUGAACGCACCAUCUUGACGUCAGAGGUUUUGCUUCCAUGGCGGGAGGUGACUCGGCGCUGUGGACACGUCUUUCCAAAGUUUGCUCCUCUGAAGUCAGUUUUGAGGCUCAGCAAGUGCACGUACGCGUCCGAAACGCUUUAAAACCUCGCCGGUUCGUUUGCUAAGCGUUAGCUUUAGCUGUUAGAGUCAUGGAGGGAGACCUACUGAGAGACAACCCGCUGCUGCUGCCUCUCGACCGACACCGAACUCUGUAUGACGGCUUUAUUACAGUCCAGGAGAGAGACUUCAGGGUGAGAAUACUUCUGCCGCCAGACCGUCAGCUCAAGUCUGCCAAGCUCACUUGCUGUUUUCAGUUGAGGCACCUGCUGCGUGGGCACCAGCACGUCGUCAAGCAGAGGCUGCAGCAGUCAGCCGAUCUGGCCACUUUCCUCCUGGAGCUGAAGACCGUCCUGGAAGUUUGUCUGAAGAGUCGUCCUGAGUGCCGCGCCAUCCCUCCUCCCCAGUACUACGCCCAGCUCAUCUCAGAGAUGGAGGCCCUCGGAUGGGACAAGCUGCUUUUCAUCGACGACCAGUUCCGCACGUUGAAGCUGAAUGCUCAAGACUCGUCAGGACGACAGCACGUUCUCACCAUCAGCCUCAAAUCUCAGCACCCUGCAGAGGCUCCUGAGUUCUCCGCUGACCUCCCGAUCCCCUUGUUGCUUUCCUGGACUCCACAGACAAAACUGGACCAGCUCCACAGCCGAUUCCUGCUCGUCUUAGAGUCCCUGACUGAGUUCUGGGACGUCCUGGCUGAGAUGGACACCCAGACUUGGAUCCUAGAGCCGGAGAAGCCCUCCUACUCUGACACCGUGAGGAGGAUCGCCAUCGCCAACAAUGUCUCCAUCAGAGUGGACGUCGACCCCAGACAUCCCAAGAUGCUUCCCGAGUGCUGCCUUCUGGGGGCUGAACAUGUGGUUACGCCGCUGAGGAACAAGCUCAACGCCAACAUGCACCUGUGGAACCCCGACUGCAGCGUCUUGCACAACCUCCGGGAUGUUUUGGAGAUCGAGUUUCCGUCGCCCGCCACCCACGAAAAAUCUAGCUUCAGUGUGGAGUGUGGGAUCUGCUACUCUUAUCGACUUGGAACAGCGAUUCCUGACCAGGUGUGCAACGACCCUCGCUGUGGUCAACCCUUCCACCAGGACUGCUUAUACGAGUGGCUGCGUGUGCUGCCCGCCAGCAGGCAGAGCUUCAACAUUGUUUUUGGAGAGUGUCCUUACUGCGGCAAGCCCAUCACUGUUAAAAUGGCAGCUGCCAAGUCCUGACGGCUCCCUUCACCGCUCCUCAAGCCAAAGAGCCGAUCAUCAUCAUCACAGCCGUCAGGAGCAGUGAGGCCCCCACAAACACCCACCAACCAGGGUGUGAGCUGCUCAGGCUGUUGGGCCUCAGCUCGACACGGUCUGUGUGUAUCUGGUAGUGGUGAGUCCUCUUUUCUCCUCCGCUCGGUUCUUGGAUGCUCCAGAAUCCUCUCUCCCCCAGUGGCUGAGUGAAGUCCCAAUGAUUGUUCUGUCACAAAUGUCGGAAUGUCCCACACCAGUGUUUGACUGCCACCAACUUGAACAAAUAAAACUUUUAUUCUUUGGAUUCACACCUUCUGUCGGCUUGCCCCCCCCAGCUCUCGGCGAGCACGGGCUGAGCGGGUCCUGGGUCUGUCCUCUACCUCCUCCUCUUCUUCAGAAGGUUCAGGAUCAGGUCGUGACCUUAGUCUUUGCUUCGCCAUGUCCUUCUGACGGGAAGCGUUGGACACCUGGGAGACAGAAACCAGCUCAGCUUCUCUGCGUCUGUUCAUUUCUACUUUUCAACUCCUCCUCCACGAGACGACUGGUACUUCAUCUCGUGUCCUACCUUCUGUGUGGUCAUGUGUCCAAUUGGCGGUCCUCUGAGGUAGCAGGCCGGGAUGGGCUUGGG